AUGAGCUGGUAGUAAAAAUUGAAAAAAUAAAUUGGAACAUAACCAUACUCAGAAAUUAAGCAACUAAGAUUCAACAAUCUCUAACUCAACAAACUCCCAGAGGAUUUUGUUUCUGAACUUCAUAAAUGUACAAAUCUGGAGAUUCUUAGUUUAAAUUAAUGUGGUAUCAGAUCUCUUGAAAAUUUGUAACAAAUGUGUUCUGUCACUCAACUUGAGUAUUUGGACAACUUUACAACUUCAAAGACCUUACAAUAAAUUGCCAAGACAUUUCCCAAUCUUGAAGUAUUAAUUGCAGGAGGGAAUUUUUUAAGAGAAUUGAGAGACUUAGACGCUCUGAAACCUUUGACCAAAUUAGAGACUCUCAACAUUAUGAACGGCAUAAACAAACCAGAUUCAGAUAUUCGAAAAUACGCUUUUGAAAUAUUACCAAGGUUGAAACUCUUAGAUGAAAAGGAUAAAUAUGGAUAGAUUUAUGUUGAGCCCAAAUAAGAAAAGAAGCAAUUUGAAGUUGAAACUCAAAUAAAUAUGGAAUAAGAGGAAGUGAGUUAAGAAGAUGAAGAAUCGGCACUUUGUUCAGACGAUAGCAAUGAGGAGGAAGAGUCUGAUAGUGAUGAUGAGGAGGAUAGUGAUUUAAGCGAUUUCAUUGAAAAAAAAGUAAAAAACGAAUGA